UGGUCAUUCAAACGGUGAACUGAAAAUGUCCCGUACAAUGAUGAUGAAUCAGGUACUAAAAUUAUACUCAAAUCUGGGGAAACACAUGACUUGGAGUAUAAAAUGCCACGAUUUUGUCGUCUAUCAAGUAUUGAGGUUCUCCGAAUUUCAGAGUAACAAUGUAUCUGCGCGGGAUCGCUGUAUGCCUUGUACUGACCAUGUUGGUCCUGGAGCUCGCAGAAGCGAAGGGCGAGGGGAGAAGACGAAAAGCGGGACGCAAGAAAGACCGCAAGAAGACGGAGCAGGAUGAAGACAUGAAUCCUGCUGAGCUGAUGUGUAAAAUUUACCAAGAGGAGAAGGACCCGCUGGCUGGCUUCCACACAGCAGCAAACGAUUCCAAUGACAAAUACAAAAAAGCUCUUCAAGAGGUCGUGAAGAUUCGGCCGAGAGACUUCAGGAGACGGAAAGAUUCCCUGAUGAUCAACAAAGCUGACAUGAACGGCACGGAUCCAUUCCAGAGAAUGGAGCUGAUGACAGAGGAAAUGGGGGUCGCCGCAAAAGUUCUAGGCAUUCUGGAAAAGAGUCCUAUCGUCACCGACAACACAGAGAUGAAAACGGACCUGGGCAAGCUUGUUGAGUCGCUGCAGAAGAGAAAGAGCUCCCUCAGCAUUCACCUCGAUAACAUCUCUGACGCCCUGGAGAAAACAGCAGCCGAGUGCUUCUCAUUCGUGCCUUCCCUGAGCCAGGAGGAAUACGAUGGUCUUCAGAGUCGGUACAAGAGGAAGAUGAGAAAAGUCGUCAGGAAGCUGAAGCGAAGUGUGAAGAAGCCUUUUGAGAAGCUACGCGGCAAAGCUCGCAAGAAGUUCGGCGUCUUACACAUGGGGCUCCUGGACGACAUCACCAAGCUGGUCCACGGAUCACGUGGCUUUGACGUCAUAUCCACACUGGAGACGUUCCGAACCACCGCAAGGGAAGUCGGGAAGUGUUACGGGAAAGGCGUUCCCUGUCCGAAGUAGUAGACAUGUUCAAAUGUCAAGAAACCAAAACAGUGAAAUUUUACAUGUCGCGAAAAUGUCAACACAGUCAUAGCCAUAGUAUAUUAGAUGGGGAAGUACAGCUCUAGAUGCAACCGUUGAGAAAACGUUGAGCGUUCAAAAAUGAUAAAGAUCUCUCAACGCUUUUUCAGCGAGCGCCGAAUAAUCUCCCUGGUCUGUCAAUGAUAUUGAUGACCAAUAAUUUUUGGUCGCUCGUCGGUUGUCCAGCGGUGAUCAUCCUGUGGAAAUGGGGCAAAAUUUGACGUUUGCCAAAACAUUACCCGGCAUCCUUUGCUACUGGCGUAUUAACCACUCUCGGUAGGAGAUUAGAUGUGAAAAAGCCAAUGACUGAUAAACAUUUAAACCACGCACACUUCGCAUACAGGUGGGUGGGCGUAUUCAAGACGUAUAAAGGAUAUGUAACGUUACAUGUACAUGUAUACUUUUGCAGACUGUGUUGUGAGUGAUAGCGACAUUGGACAGAAAGUACCCAAUAUUUGGAUAUAUAGUGACACCGUUUAAUGGUGAUAAAGAUAAUUUCAUAUAACGCACACUUCGUGAUGGUAAAUAGGAAAUCCUACAUGUUAGUUAAAUGUUUAAGACCAAGGAGCUGAUAGAUUAUACCAGCUUAAAAUAAAGAGAUGAGAUCGAACAAAAUAAGCUCUCUGUAGUGCCUUAAGGUAGCAUCCGCCUUCUUUCAUCUUUCUCAGUCACUGAUAAAUGAUAGCGGAUGUUCUCUGAGACUAGAGAAUUUAUUCAGUUGUUUGAUUCACUUUAUAUUACAUGUGUACCCAAUGUUCUACCCGGAUGUCUAACUUUCAUCGACGUAAUCUGAUAAGAGGUUUUGUCCAUAUGGAGGAAGCGGUGCUAGUAAAAUAGUUUGAAGAGCAUGGUGUGCUAAGGAAUAAGAAAACCAUUGAGUGUUUUG